UGUUUUUAUUUAGAGCUUUUUAUGUUAUAGUAGCACCGUAUACAGUAUACUUACAACUUUCUAAGUCUCACUUCUGCGGGAGCCGAAAUUCACGGUUGCAGCAAGCUUCAGUGGUUUUGAAUUUUCGCUUCCAUUGCAGAUUGCUCACGUUAUUUGGAUUUAUGUUAUUGAUUUCCUGCUGCAAUCGGCGCAUCCUUAUCGGAAACUUAAAACGGACGAUCAAUCGCGUUAUAGCACCCGCUUAUAGCUCUACUCCCUUCGCCACCAUUCCACAUCCUUCUGCUCAGGUCUUUCGUCGUUCUGCUCUAUAUAAGACUUCCAAAAUGGCGGUUACUACUAUCUGUACGAAAGAUUUCUGCAAAGAGCUGUAUCCGGACAUUGAGCCUUACGAUAAAGGAUUUCUGAAAGUGUCGGACAUCCAUGAGUUAUAUUACGAACAAUCAGGAAAUCCCAAUGGCAAUCCUGUUGUUUUCUUACAUGGCGGUCCCGGAGGAGGAACCAGUCCCCGUGAUCGGCGCUACUUUGACCCGCAAGCUUAUCGAAUUGUUGUUUUUGAUCAGCGCGGAUCUGGUCAGUCACGCCCGUCGGCGGAACUGAAGGACAAUACGACAUGGGAUUUGGUUGAAGACAUCGAAAGGCUGCGUAAGAAGCUUGGAAUUGACAAGUGGGUAGUGUUCGGUGGUUCCUGGGGUUCUACUCUCGCGUUGGCCUACGCGGAAACGCAUCCAGCACAAGUGAAAGGACUAAUCCUGCGCGGAAUAUUCAUGCUGCGAAGAGCGGAACUAUUGUGGUUUUAUCAAGAAGGUGCUUCGUGGCUGUUCCCAGACUACUGGGAGGAAUUCCUGGCACCGAUCCCUGAGGUCGAAAGGGCGGACUUGAUUAGCGCUUAUUACCGGAGAUUGACUGGAAACAACGAGGAGGAUAAACUGCGGUGUGCUAAAGCAUGGUCAAAAUGGGAAAUGGCUACUGCCCGGUUGUUCUGUGACGAUGACAUGGUGAAAAAAGUGGAAGAAGAUAUCUUUGCCCUUCAGUUUGCGCGCAUCGAAUGCCAUUAUUUCGUCCAUGGUGGGUUCUUCAAGUCGGAUGACCAAAUACUGAAAGAUGUUGACAAAAUUGCCAAGCACAACAUUCCCUGCAUGGUCGUCCAAGGACGCUACGAUGUUGUUUGCCCGAUAAAGAGUGCCUGGGAUUUGUAUCGACGCUGGCCGCAAGUGCAGCUGCAUAUUGUUGCUGAUGCCGGUCAUUCCGCCAAAGAGGAUGCUAUCUGCAGCAAACUGGUUGCGUUUGCUGAUGCUUUCAAAACUUUGUGACACUUUCCGAGAAAAACUUGCGGUCAUGGGCGAUGUAAUGUUUCGCUCUGAAUUACUACUGUGUGAUUUUUUUAAAUUUGUGUGUCCUUGCUGUAAUUGCUGUUGUAAAUUUGUGACGUUGGGAUUCUUCGGUUUCUGUUCUUUAUAAUGAAUUUUUUUAUUGUUUGUUUUUGUGGCAGUUUUUAUACUCACCAUUUUCGGAGCUUGAAAACAACAAUAAGAAAUUUUAAGAAAAAUUGAAUAUUAU